CUGUGGACCUACUUGGAAGUUGGAACCCGAACUUGAAGUCCCGACUUAUAAGUAGGUACCUAGGUACCUAGAUUAUUAGUAAUUACAGAUACCUGUGAUUGAGAACGCCACUACCCAUUCUUAUCGCCUUCAUCCCUUCAUCGCAUAUCCAACAGUCUUUAAGAUCGUUCAUUUUCUUCCAACCCAAUUUUGCAAUCCAUUGUUUCGAUUACUCAGUCACUCUAUCUUCGCAUAAAUUCCCUCUUUCUACCUCUCCUAGACUAAACAGAACAUACGAUCCUCUCAUCUUAUCUUAGGUAUAUAUCACAACCCCUUCAUCAUGGGAAAUGAUGGCGGCUCCAUCCCCAAGCGGCGCGAGCUCGUCAGAGAAGCCGCCCGGCUACCCACCGCCUCCGAACUGAAGGCCACGGCCUUGGAAUCCCUAACGCACGCCUGGACGACGUGCCCGCUAUCCGACGCGCCGCUCGACUUCUCCAACACGGUGUCCGAUUGGCGAGGGCGCCUGUACAAUUACGAAUCCGUAUUGCAAUGCUUAAUGCCUUCCUCGUCCGAGACCCCCAUACCAGAAACCCAAGAAGCCGAGUUUUCGCGCACGGGCAUUAAGAGCUUGAAGGACGUCGUGAAGCUCAAGAUCACGACGAAGAGGGACGAGAAGGGCCGUGAGUUCGCAGCCUGCCCCGUCAGCUUGAAGGAGCUGGGCGCCGCCGCCAAGAGCGUGUAUAUCGUGCCGUGCGGUCACGUUUUCGCGGAGGUGACCAUGAAGGAGAUCUCCGACACCGAAAAACAAUGUCCCGAAUGCAGUUCGUCUUUCGAGGACCGAGACGUCAUAGCUAUAUUACCAACAGACGAAGCCGAAGUAGAGAAGCUAGCGAAGAGAAUAGAAGAGUUAAAGACGUUGGGCUUGGCGCAUAACUUAAAGAAGGACAAGAGCGCCAGCAAGAAGAAGCGCAAGGCAGAGGAUGCGAAGGAGAACAAGGGGAACGACGAGCAAAAAGAGAAGGAUAAGAAUGGCAUCGCGAGUCGGAUAAACAACCCGAUGACCGCAUCUUUGACGGCCAAGGUGUUAGCCGAGCAGGAAGAAAGGGCCAAGCGGAGAAAGAUAGCGGACGGAUACAAGAGGAGCGAAGCUGUGAGAUGACAUACCCAGAUACAAUAAGAUACCCCAGGGAAUUGGCUGAUUCUACCCCUUUUUUCGUGAUCAUAUAUCGUAAAU